GAAACAAAGUAGGAAUCUCUUCAUGCAGCUUCAAAAAGCCAUGCUUUUUCCCCUAAAUAGAACAACUCUCUUAUUCCAUUUAUAUAAGCCAUGCAUCUCCUUGGAAAUUUCAGAUUCUUUUCCCAUUUUCUGCGUAAUAUUUGCAUACACUCAUCAUGUCUCUGAGCCCUCCAAGAGCCAACGGCAAUGGGAGAAGCUCCAACCUCUACUGGUGUUACCAGUGCCACCGGACGGUCAGGAUCGCGCCUGAGGACCCAUCCAGUAUCGUCUGUCCCCGCUGCCUAGGCCAAUUUCUCUACGAAAUCGACAUGGCGAGGCCGCAGCCGGUUCUUGAAUUCACCGCGUUCGAUCCCUCUCCGGAGGCCCGGAUUCUUGAAGCAUUGGCCCUCAUGCUGGAUCAUCCACUUGGGCUAGAGGACAGCCCGAAUGAACGGGCCUCAAUUAUGGGCCAAACACGGGUUCAUGGGCGGCGAAGACGGCGUCAUAGGGAGCCGGAAGAGGAGGGAAAUGAAAGCUGGUUCCGGAGGAGAGGUCCUUCGUUUGGUGAGGAGGAAGACGACGGUUGGGGUCCAGAUAGCGGGAUUAUAGCCCGGCCUAGAACCUGGAUUAUUCUCCGGCCAACAGGCCAUAUCCCUGCAAACAGAAAUAGGCCGAGAGAAAGGCUAGUCCCACCAGGAGUAGACCCUAGAAACUACUUCACCGGGCCAGGACUGCAAGGGCUCAUCGAGGAGAUAACUCAGAACGACAGGCCGGGACCGCCACCAGCUCCAGAUUCAGCUAUUGAUGCUAUUCCAACAAUUAAAAUUGCACAAACACAUCUGGAGACAGACACUGAAUGCCCAGUUUGCAAGGAAGAAUUAAAAGUUGGGUUGGAAGCAAGAGAGUUACCAUGCAAGCACAUCUUCCAUUCUGACUGCAUUGUUCCAUGGCUGAGGCUGCAUAAUUCUUGCCCAGUAUGCCGCCAUGAAAUCCAGACUCCGAAUCAAACUUGUGAAGAUGAAUCCAACCAAGUUCACGUUGAAGACAGGAGGUGCCCACGGCUGAGGCGGCUGGCAGACAUGUGGCCAUUCCGCUCUAGAUAUCGGCCACUUCGCCCACGUGGAAAUGGGUCUGGAGAUCACCACGCAGCUGAAUCAUGGAGGUGUAAUAUACUGUAGAGCACACAGCAAACAGACAAGAAAAUUGAUAUUUACUAUGGCUCUGGUGUUCAAGAUCAGCAGUGAUGAUGUAUUAUAGAAGGCAUAGGAAUACUUCAG